AUGUGGUCUCAGCCGAUCCAAGCCGAUGCGUGUCUUUCGCUCAGCUUGGCGGCUGAGACCACUCUAUGGGGGUCGAGGGAGAUACGAGUUGGUUGCCCUACCUCGUUUUAUGGUGAAGGAGGUCACAAACGAGGAGCUAUGAGGCUGACGGGACGUACACUUCUUUCUAUGGAACUUAGUCGACAUCAAACAUAUUAUCUUCAAGCUUGGUGUUUAUUCUUCAGUACUAUUGGUAUGGGACUGCGAGGUUUUUUUUUGAAAGCAGACAGACGUGUGAGUCACCGCACCAUAGACCUUCUCCUUUUGGAUUUUAGUUUUCAAUAUAGACCUGCUGUGCGAUGUUUUUGCCUCACUCAUCAGCAUGGUAUGGAACUUACUUUAGUUAAGGUUGACGUACAUUAACCGCGAAGGCUUUAAAUAUCCGCAUGACCACGACGAGCGCGCAGUACUACAAGCAGGGUCCGUGGAGGCCUGACGAUGUGAUUCAGGCAGGAACAGAACGCAGCAAAUCAUGCUUGAGAAGAUUAUGAAUUUAUUGAGUCGGCAGUUCCUGUGGAGUUUGAGUUUUUGUCUGUCAGGUACGGCUGGACACCGUAAAACAACUGUACUGAAGAUAUUACACACCUCUCCCCGCGUCCUUCCAUUUUUUAAAAGCGAGAACUAGACACAGCAAUUACAAGAAAGUUCGGAAAUGUUUUUAUGUAGCGGCAUACAUUUUGACUUUAUAGAAUAGUUGCCGCAAUAAGAAAAAAAGUACUUUACGUAGUUCGCGGCAAGAUGAGCUGAAAUAUGGGCAAUAAAGAUAGCAGUUGGUACGCCCGAGAACUACGAGAAGCGUUUCGUCCGCGGCCCCUGCCGAAUCGCAGUGGCAAAGCGGAACAAUAAACAAAUCUGAUAGUCACGAGCCAGGGAGAUGAAGAGCAAGAAAUGUUGACGGAAGAAGUUGAUAAGUUCCAACAAGUGCUACACGGUUUGAGUAUCAACAGGGACAGGAAGAGUGGCAGCCAGAGAAUAAUUAAUUAUUUCCUAGUAGUAGCGGUAAUAAUAGAAUAAACAGAGGAGCGGUAGAAGAGGACGACUUAACCCGGCAGGUAGCACACCAGAAAAAACGUCAUCGCUAGAAUAAACCUUGCCAUCUUACUAAUAUUCCCCUGCCGCUCGUCCAUAUGGACAUGGACAGCCCCCAGGCUGUUGUACAGUGCAAGCUUCAACUUCGGUUCUUUUUUCACUCUACUUACAUUCUUUUAGUGGUUCUUCUACAGGCCUCCUAUAGCAUGUGGCUGCUACGCUCAUCGGAUCUAUCGACUCUCCAUCAAUCGAUAGCUGAUCAGUACAAAGGUCGUGACUUUUUUUGGAAAUAAGCACAGCCGCUGGACUGAAUAACUCUGAAUUUAAAAUCACUCAACAACUCUAGGUAGUUCGUCGUCGUACACCUGACCUCUCCUGAUUACUUCACAACGAACUCACAAGCGAAAAUAGUACGUAUUACACUACAAAACAACAACAGCCUUUAUUCGUUCGGAAGGGUACUUACUACUAACUCGAAAGACACAGCAGCUUUGAAUGUUGCUGCAUCUACAGAAGUGUUGUUUAAGUAGCGAGCAAAGAAAAGACUAUCGAUACAAGGACCUACGUGAUGUCGAUCUUCUUGCAAGUACUUCUACAUGCAGCGGCCGAAAGUAGAAGAAGCUCAGCUUCAAACUGGUAAGUAAAUCACGCCGCCGGAAAAAACACCUGGACUUUAUCUCUAGCUCUACGAGACAAAGUAUGUACCCCCACUCGCAGCUGCAGUAUCAUUGCGUGCUGUGGGAAAAAUGAGGCGGUGCACUCGCACAGAGUCAAAGUAGGACCAGCAGAACAGGCUUUCGCUUUGGGUCGAUGGUUUGAAGAGAAAAAGAAAAUCGAUUUUGUUCUACUGCGCCGUCCUCCUUGUGCUUUUCAUAAAGAUAGGUCUUGGACUUGAGAUGUCUUGCGCGGGGCUCCUCAUUAGUGGCCUGGUCACUGGUGUUCCGACACUAGUCGAAGAAUCGAUGUACUUCAGUUCCGAGAAAGCCGC